GCGUUGCCAUCCGUUUGUGAAAUGGAAAUGACCAGUUUUGCCGUUUGGCGUUUUUAGACUCAAGUCACUCGGUCGUAUUUUUCUGGAAAACCCCAUUUGACCAUGUCCCUCCCCAAAUGCAUCUACACCCUCCGCCUUUCCCACCACUUCUCCACCGCCACGAAAACCGCCUCCGCCGUAAGGCUCCCCAAACUCUCCAAUGUCCCCACCAGAUACAAGUCGGAAACCAUCAAGCAAGCCCAGCAGGCCCUCACCGACUACCUCCACGCAACCAGAUCCUUGUCCUUCCCCUCCGCCGAGCACAUCAGCAAGAACUGCCUGUUUUCCCUCACCAAUCUCAUAAAAAAGAUCGAGUUUUCGGUCCCGAAAUUCUCGAACCGCUUCAAGAGGCUACUCAGGUACCACCCCAUCAAUGAAUUUGAGUUUUUCUUUGAAAGCAUUGGCAUAGAUUACAAUCAAGUUUGUGACUUUUUGCCUCCCAACAAGUACUUUUUCUCUGAGGAUGGGACCCUUUUGAAUGUUGCUACUGAACUUUCGAGAUUUGGGUUUCCUUGGAAUAUGUUAGGGAAGUUGUACGAGGAGGAGAUUUCCAUUUUUAGUGAGAGUUCCGAGGUGUUGAAAGCUAGGCUUAGUAGGUUGAAAGAAUGUGGGUUUAGUAAUCAUUCAGUUGUGGGAAUGUGCUUGGCUUUCCCUUAUUUGCUGGCGGUGGAGGGUGAGCCGGGCGGUGAUGCGGCAUUGUUUGAUGAUUUCAAAAGGGUUCUUGUGGAGUUUAAUAUGGAGUACUGUGUUGAAGGAAAUGUGGAUGCUUGGUAUGAUGUUUGUAAGAAAGUUCGGGUGUUUUGCGAUUUGGGUUGCGGGAAAGGGAAGAUAGGGGAACUGAUGGGGAGGAAGAAAGAUGUUUUUCUUACUUGUCCAGCAGAGGUUUUGUGCCAGAAAUCUAGGUACUUUUGUAGAUUUGGUGUUAGGAAGGAAGAUGUAGGUUUGUUCCUUCUUCAGAGUCCUGAGGUUUUAAAUUUUGAUCUGGAAACACCGAAUAUAUCAGCAUUGGGAUUGUUGGAAAUUUUUGGAUUGAACGUGAAAGAAAUAGAGGCUGUGAUCGAAAAAUACCCUCAUGUGAUGGGAAAAAAUAAAAUGGCUAAUUUACCACAUGUAAUAAGGGCUCUCGAUCUUCAUGAAUGGUUCUUCACUAAGAUUAAGAAUGAACCUCAAUUGUUAGAAAAUUAUGUAAUCAGUGAUUUUGAUGAAGACAUUGCGAAAGAAUUUGGUGAAGGAUUGGAGAGGAUUCAAUCUACGACAACUCCCAUUCAUACAAUGAGAAAAUUGGACUUCAUGCAUAGCAUUGGGUUUGGAGAGAACACUUUGACCCUAAAGGUCUUAGCCCACUUGCAUGGUAGAAGUGGUGAGUUGCAAAAGCGGUUUGAUAGCCUUUUUUCUACGGGCAUUGAUUUCUCCAGGCUUUGUCUGAUGAUAAGCACGACACCAAAGAUCCUGAAUCAGAAUCCAGAAUCUUUGGAAGCCAAAGUUAACUUUCUUUGCAAGGAAAUGAAAUCCUCUUUGGAGUACCUCAAUAUUUUUCCUGCAUUUUUGUGUUUUGACUUAGAAAACCGGGUCAAGCCCAGAUAUAGAUUUUACGUGUGGCUUAAAGAGAAGGGUUUGCAUUCUGAAAGCUACUCUAUUGCCACCAUGAUUGCUACUAGUGAAAAGCAAUUUGUAGCACGGGCUUUUGGAAUUCACCCAGCUGCUCCAAAGCAUUGGUUUGAGCGUUUCUCAUACAGAAGAUCUUUUAAAAAUUGUGCAGGGACAUCUAUACCAUAGACUACAUGUUGUACAAAUGAAUUAUGUAUGGUACGAUUCUUACCUGUGGAUUUGGAAUUCCAACACCGUAAUGACAAAAUUCGGAAUUUCUCGAGGUUUAUUUUAACCCUCUGUCAUUGACCCAUUGUGUGAGAUAUGUAGAUUUUUCAUUUUUAUCAGAUUUUCAAGUGACGAUGACUUAAAUAGUUUCUGCUUCUCAGCCACUGUGUUGGUGGUUGAGAGAAGUGAUACUGACCUCAUUAUUGAAAUGUCCUUCCGGCAUCAGCUAGCAGUUGCUGAAUGAAGCUGUUGAACAUGUUUCAUCAAUAUUAACAGGGCUACAGUUGUUGAGGUCAGCCUUCAGCGGGAGUAGUUCAAGCCAAUCCCGGAAGUAGAAAGAAGCUCUAGCAGAAGCUCGAAACUGGUCUGCUUUCCUCAUCAAAAGAGGUUCCAAACAGCUCUUUAACUCGAUCUCGAGUCUAAAAUUGACUAGGAAGUUGGAAGGUUUCUGAGGAGGCUGCAAGGAAGGUGUUGACAUACGAACACAAGCCUGCAUAUUGGACUAUGAUUCUCGAGGCAUUCACGUUGAACCUAAUACUUUUCAUUUACAAGUGAAGAGUACAACUACACUGUAGUACUAAGUGGGAUAUGACACUUUACUUCCCGCUCUUUUUUGCACUGAUUAGUCUAAUUCACACAUGAAUAGCCAUAAAAUAUUUGGUUUCCAGAAAUCCACUUCUUUGUUUGUGGAUCCUAAUACAAAAUUAGUUGGGGUUGACGUCUUCCAAGAUGCAAUAGAAUCUAAGUUAGGCACCAAUUGAUGAUAA